AUGCCAUCACUUCGUCUCCGAAGUAGCAACAGUGCUGCGUCACCCACUCCAGCCUCUCCACAGCCUUACAUCGGCGUAUCAACUCCAAAGAAUUGUCCAAGCGAAGGUUCUGUCAAAACUGAUAUACCAGCUCCUCGACUGACACUCGAAUGGCAAUCGCUGCAACUGCAAGUAAACUUGCAAAACGCACAGACCAAGCAACUGGAGCAGAAAACAAUUCUCGAAUCCAUGAGCGGCGUGGCUCAACCAGGUGAACUUUUGGUGGUCAUGGGUCCUUCAGGAGCUGGAAAGAGCUCGCUGCUCGACUGUAUUUCCGGACGCAACAAUGCCGUCAAUGGCCAAGUUACCGUGAACGGAAAGUUAUGGAGUAAAAAACUCAAACGCUUUGCCGCUCGCCAACAGUACCUCGGACGAGUGGACACGCUACUGGAGGAGUUUGGCUUGUCCAAGAGCAAAGACACGCUAAUUGGCGGCUGGAUGCAACGAGGUAUUUCCGGUGGCGAGAGGAAAAGAUUGGCGCUGGCCACAGAAUUGUUGACGAACCCAUCUGUGUUAUUUGCCGACGAACCGACGUCAGGACUAGAUAGUUUCAUGGCAAAAUCGGUGGUGCAACAGUUGCGAAGACUUGCAGUGCACGAGGGGCGCACCGUAGUGGCAACAAUUCACCAACCGUCGUCGGAAGUAUUUGCGCUGUUUGAUCGAUUGGAGCUAUUGGCGGACGGUGCAACAAUUUAUCAGGGGAAAGCAACAAAGGUGGUGGACUAUUUUGCUGGUUGUGGCUAUGAAUGUCCGAUGUUUAUGAACCCGGCGGACUAUUUCAUAGAGAAGAUCGUCGUAGUCGAUGCUGAUUCGGAUCAGGCUGGUGUCGAACGGGUAGGUGCGUUGAAAGAAGCGUGGAAGACCCACGCGCAACAACGCAGCGAAGCAAUUGAAGUCGUGUACCCACAGGAUAUCGGAUCGAAAGAGAUGGCUACAUUUUACGAAACACUGGGUUUUGCAGACUCAAGAGCGUCAGUCGGGGGCCAAAUUCGCGUUUUAGCGACGCGAAACGCGCUCAGACUACUACGUGAUAAGACAGCAUUGAGACUGCAGAGCGUCCAGACUCUGGUGACGACUCUACUGGUUGGUAUUAUCUUUUUCCAGUUGACUUUGGACCAACAAGGGGUAUCGAAUUUCUCCGGCGCCUUCUUCUACAUUGUAACGGAGCAAGUAUACGGAGCUUCCAUGCCAGCCAUCAUGUCUGUGCCCAUGGAGCUUCCUAUCGUUUAUCGUGAGUACGACAUCGGCCUGUACUCUGUUGCAUCCUGGUACGCCGCCAAAAACUUGUGUGAGUUGCCUCAGCAAGUCAUUCUCCCGAUUAUCAGCUUGUUGCCGCUGUACUUCUUAGUGGGAAUUGGCCACGACUUCAUCUUCAGCAACUGCAAGAAAAUGGUGCAAUUAUCGCUGGCAAUUCCGGUGGUGUUACUUGUAUCAGCGGUACCCAUCGCCCCUGUAGCCAGCCACGAGGCGUAUGCUACCAAGGUUCCUAACGGCCGCAACGUCGAAGGUGUCAAAGCGAUUGGACACACCGACGUGAACGGCGGCGGGAUAAGGAACGCGUUUGGCAGAGCGUUCUUCGAUGCAGGCCACACGUGGACCAGGGAACUUUGCCAGACCGACUCCGAUCGCGAUGGCCAGACGAAUGGCGAAGAGCUGGGAGAUCCGUGCUGUGAGUGGACGUCGGAGUCGGCUAAAGACCCGCUGUGGACAAGUGGCGUGUCGAAUCCUGGAGACGACGCAAGCACGUCGGACAACACCACGUGGCCGGCCUAUGAGUGCUCGGUUGCGGCCACCAGCAGCUCCCAGGAAGGCAGCACGAGUACGAGCAGUAGCGCUGACGGCUCCAGUACCUCGACUUCAACGGCGCCAGCUGCUUUAAACGGCGUUGCUGGUGUCGCUGUGGCCGAUAACUGA